GCGCGAAUUUGUUUGCCACUGCCUAGAACUUGAAACAGCCACCCAGGUCACCACCCUCUUAUACACGGAUAGUCUGCUAGAUUGAGUUCAUCUCUUUUCCUCAAAGAAUACGGCAAAAAGGAACUGCAUUGCUUUGAAAAUAUUUUGUUAAGCGAUCGCAUCAUCUUCCUAAAGUAACUUUCGCUACCUUUUUAUUUUCCUCUCUUGCUACAGGCUUUGUAAUCUCGAAUCGAACCGCAACCGAUUAUGUCGUUGUUUUCGGACUGCCUUUAUCCACUGCAAAAAUGUCUGGGUCUGGAAGAUUGGAGCUUGUGAUACUGUCUGCGGAUUCAGAUUCUACAAAUAUCUGUGUUGGAUGAACAGCAAGAAGAGACCAGUUCUUGGCACGCGGAAGUGCGUUUCUCAUGCGUGAUCAGCAUCAAGAAGCUCUCAAAAAAGCUGUGAUGCUAGGAGCUGCGUCACUGAUCUCAUGGGUUAUGCAAAAUGUGCAUGACAAACCCCGUCUCUUCCAGACCCAGACAUAUUUGCAUUUGAUAGCCUUAAGGCGCUCCAGCGCGGGAAUGAGGAGGACCUGCUGGUCGAGGAGAUUGGCGAACAGGAAAACACCGGUAAAAAGAAGUAUGGGAGUGUCAGAGCCGAAAGCGACAAAAUCGAAACACUUGCGACGCACAAAAUCGACGCCAGUGAAGCCCAGAGCUUCUCUUGCAGUCGGCGCAUGACAAAUUUUCCCCGGCCUGGAAGCGAAUCUGUCAUGCAGUUUAGGGCAAUAGAGCCAGCUGCUCUCUGUCAUGUUAGUCAGCAGCCCAACACUUACCCCUUACCAGGACUACAAUCCGCCCUGCUUGCAUCCCCUGCACCAGAGUCGCUUUUUGCGUGGCAUUUUGUGCAUUACAGAUUAUUUCGAUUUUGUCGAUUUCGAUCCUGACAUUCCCAUAAGAAGGGAACGGAAUAUCCCAAUGGGGGAUCCAGCAAGGACACGUGCGUCCCCUUCUCGCUUAUCCAGUGCAAAUAUGUAUGGGUCUGGAGCAAUACAAGACAUGCAAAAUAAAUGCUGGCGCUGGACCCACAUACGACCCCCAAACCUUGUAAUGCGUGUUGUGGAAUAUUUUCAAGUAGCAAUGUUUCUGUGUCAUGUUGCAAAAACGCAGUCUCUCAUGCGUGUAAAAACCACAGAACCAUCUAAAAACCUGUCAUGCUUCUUGGCUGCGUAAGUACUACCCGUAGUCAUUUUGUCAUAAUGAUGCAUGUAUUGGCAUGAUAAGUUAAAGUUGCCAGAACCAGACAUAUUUGCCUCGGAUAUCGUCGUUAGACGACGAGGAGGAUCAACUGCGCUUGAUCAAGCAGCCGGCGAACACGGACUUUCCACAGGGGUGGGGACCGGUGGUGUACCUUGUGUAAAAACGUCCCCACCUCCUCCUGACAGUGAACUUUUUGACACGAGAAGCCCAAAAGUUCUGGGAGUCACGCAUGACAAGCUCCUCCGUUGUUCAGCGGUUUAGUGUAGCAGGUACUAGCCGUGGAGUUUUAAUACCAAAGCAUCUGUAUUGAGUAAUAUUCUGUGUACACCAGCAUAAUAUAUUACAUGUGCCACAAAACGACUAGAAACGCCUCCCAUCGGCAUGCGCAUAAUUACAAGUGUUUCCGUACUAGAAGCAACUCUGCAUCAUGACCGUGCGGGGGAGGAGGUGGGGGCGUGUUUACGCAGGAUACGGCGCUGUCCAAUUUUUGCUUUCAGCUGAUCAAACAUGUGGUCUCCGACGGAGCGGCUAUCCCAUGCAAAUAUGUCUGGGGCCUGGAGGAAGCAGGAACGUGCCAUGCGGUUUUUUGCAUCUUCAGAUAAAAUUGUUUUGCAUGCUUUUUGCACGCAGAGCAUGACAGAUCACCUCUACUCCAGGCGACGAGAUCCUUUGUGACCUUGGGAUACAAAAUGAAUCGGGCGUCUUUAAUAUUAGCUGAUUUUUACGCAACACAGAUUUUUGCCUAUCCCAGAAUUAUCCGCAUUGCAGCUGUGCAUCCUUCCAGGCGUCCAGGGAUAUUUGCAAUGCAUAACCGCGUUUAAUACAAUCCCGUGUCUAUCGCAAGAAAAAACUGAUUCACUGUGAACUUGUGAUGCAGAAAAUGGAACACAGAACUCUUUGGCUUGCUACACCUGCAAGGCAUGGGAUUUUCAAGCGUGCUUUCCCUUGGGAAGCGCGCAUGACAAAUUUUCAGUGUCAUGUGUAGCAAACUUGUGAUGCAGAUCCUGCAAAGUCAUUACAGUGAAACAGUUUUUUCCUACGAUAGUGUCAAGUGCUGCUGCAGUACGAGCCCAUCGGCAAUGGCCACGAAAUAUCAAAUGCAAAAAUGUCUGGGUCUGGGAGAUUCUGAAACUUGUCAUGCACGUUUUACAUAGGCCAUGAUGUCUGUGGUGCUUGCCGUAGCAUCACAGAUUUUUCGAGGGGUUCUUGAUGCCUAUUUUGCAUGACAAAUACCGUAUCCGCGUAGGAAAAAUUACACUCACUUUGCUGCUCAUGCAAUACAAUUUUUUUUGGAAUCCACAUGCAGCAUCACAAGUUGCAUUCUUCCAGACCCAGACAUUUUUGCAUUUGAUACGACGCCCCCUGCCUCAACUACGUCGCGUCUCGUAUCAUUUGUAAAAACGUCCCCCCUCCAGAGUUGUCAUGCAGAUUUGCAAUGACAGCAGCAUUUGUAAUGCGCAUCGACAGGAGAGGCAUUUGCAUUUCUCGUCAUGAUGUUUUCGCAUUUGUAAUGCUGUAAACAGGAUCAUAACCAGAUGGAUUUCUGAUGCUGCUGGCCUUGCCAACCUUCACUACUCUACGGACUGCAAGUUGUGAUGCGUAUCCCUGAAAAGUUUGUUCUAGGUAUGUGCUGCAAGGUCCCCAUCUUGACUCGGGGGAGGGGAUGUGUUUACUCAGGAUAUGCCCGGACCUGCCGUACGCGACCGACGAAUGGAUCUCCACCGCGUGGCUGCUGCUGCCUAUCCUCUGCAAACACGUCGAGGGCUGGAAGAGAAGGAGCGCAGCAAGAUUUGUCAUGCAUAUAGUCGCAGAGGACGUCGACGCGCAUACUCUGGUGGAAAUCACACAGUGACAGCGCAAGUCUUUCGGCACUUCCUCCUGCCUAUCCCGCACGGGAAACCCGGUUGGUAUCAAAUGUAAAAAUGUCUGGGUCAGGAAGAAUCCAACUUGUCAUGCUGAUUUUCGAUGCUAAAAAAAUCUGUAUUGCAUGAGCAGCAAAGAGAGUCCAAAUUUUACUACACGGAAAGAGCAUUUGUCAUGCGGAAUAGCCAUCAGGAAGCCCUCACGAAAUCUGUGAUGCUAGGGCAUGCAUCACAGACAUCAGGAGUCAUGCAAAAUGUGCAUGACAAACCUGGCAAUCUUCCAGACCCAGACAUUUUUACAGUUGAUAGUUGGUGGACACGGCCCACGCGUGCCCACCGCCGACGAAGGCCCGGGAGGACACCGUGAGGACGAUCAGGUAGAGAGUACUAAUCAAUGGCUCAACACGCAUGAAGUUAGUAACUAGGGAGCAAGUAGAUGAUGAACAAGUGCUGUCAGCUCUUGGUGUCGUGCAUGCAACGGCACAACUUUUUUUGUGAUCGGCACUUGGCCAGACAAGCUGCAUCCUUCCCGACAUCCAGAGUCGUGGACGAUAUUUGCAAUGCAUACUAGUGAAAACGCUCAUCGCGGAGCUCGCGAAGCUGGAUCCCAAUAUCAACCGCAAAUAUGUAGUCUGGGCCUGGAAAGUAGAAUGUGGGAUACUAAACAGCGAAUGAGUCAGAUGCAUGGACUACUCAUACUCUUGAGUGCAACUUAUCAUGACAUCAAGUCUUUUGGACGUUCUUUCACACGUAGCGCACACCAGAAACUGUGACUGUUUUACAUGACAAAGAGAUGAGGAAUGAUUGAUUUGUCCGGCAUGAAAACCAGAUCCUACAGGAACUUCUAUUUCAUCGUUAUUAAGUACAACAUUUUUACGCUCCACUACUUUACUUAUAAUUUCCCGAGCACCCAGACACGAGUGCAAUGCAUACCGGAAAACGAGGCGAAGUUGCGUGGUAUGAAUUGCAAAUAUGUUUCUUUGGGUCUGGAAGAUGAUUUCAUAACUUGUCAUGCAGGUUUCCACGAGGUCUGGAUCUGGAAUGUAGGACCACCCAGCAUGACAGAUUUUGCGGGAGUUCGAUCAUGCCUCUCCUGUGUGAAAAACUCCCUCUCCUCUUUGUCAAAGGUCAACAACUUGUGGUAAUGAUGGAUUUUUGCACAAUCCAGACUGAGCAUGACAGACUUUGCACUUUUCCAGACCCAGACAUGAUCAUAUUUGCAAUGGCAUAUUAGGCCUCCGGGGUGCGUUCGACGAGUGGAUUGGGCAGGUCGAUUCCUUUAUCCCACAGAAAAGCGAACAACCCAUCGCAGAAAAAGAAAUUGAAUUUGUAAUGCUGUCUUCGUCGCACAAAAAACUUUGCUUUGGUCGCUCAGCAUGACAAACUUUUUCAGUAGCACCUUCCUAGGCACUAGAAUAACAUUGCAAACUGCGUGAAGCAUGACAGAAGAUGGCUCUCAUCUCAAUCGGUUUCCACGGUACAACAGACUCUGUUGUUCUAUGAAAACCGCUAUCAAAUGCAAAUAUGUUGUCUGGGUCUGGAACAAAGCAACUUGUUGUGCUAAAUCUGAAUCAUGUAAAGAAUCUGUGUUGCAUGGUUACCAAACGCUGUCCACUUUUGAAUCGAGAGGCAGUUGCUCACGCAGGAUAAGCAUGAUAGAACUCCAACUCCCACAGAAUCUGUCAUGCUAUGUCCUACAUACCAGACCUCGGGGGUCAUGGAAAACCUGCAUGACAGGUCUGGCACGCUUCCAGACCCAGACAUAUUUGCAAUGCAUAAACGCAACACGAGGACCACAGAAUUAUUUGCUUCUGGUAUGUUUGUGCUUUUUUGUAGAAUAACGGCGUACGGUGGGCGCAAGCAGCUGCAGACCCUGCUGGAAAAAACCAUCUAUCCACUGCAAAUAUGUUGUACUCUCGGUCUGGGAGAGUUCUUGCACCUUGUGAUGUAAAUUCUGAACCGCACGCUCAAAAAUUUGUGUUGCAUGAGCGCCACAAGCUGCGCAUUUGUUGCUACGCAAGUACGGAUUUUCAUCUCAUGCGGGAUGGGCAUCAAGCCGCACGCGCAAAACCUGUGAUGCUAUAAAUGCUUUUGCGCGUACUAGAAACCAUUUAUGUGAUCCAAAAUAUACAUGACGAACAAGUGCAUUGUACCAGAGGACCCAAACGUAUUUGCACUCGAUACCAAGUCGGCGGUGAAGCGCUCCAACCCCUAAGCGGUACAACAGAGGUUGAAGCGUACUAAGCAUUCAUCUGGAGGAACAGAAUAUUGCGAAUGAAGAAUAACAAAUUUUUUUGCUACCGUUUGAUUUUUACCUUUCGAGAAUAACAACAAAAAUGCCAGACUAGUUUGAUUAAUGAACAGUUUAGUGUAAUUAAAAUUCUACUCACCUCCUAUUUUCCUGCUCGAGCAAUUUUAGUGUGAUGAUACGCAAUUUUCUCCUGCUCAAACUCAAUCAAUUCUCGAUGUGACACCACAUCCACGUGCACUCCUGAAACGCUUCAGGUUCUGUGUGACUGUGGGUGUUG